CAGUCACUCUUUGUAUACUACAGCCAAAAAAAAGUCAUAGCAAGGAGAUCAAACAUUUUCUUUUUAUGAACUGCAACCAUGAAAGCUGAGGAGCUUGAGGCCAUAGCCCCCGCUUUGUCGGGCGACUUCCGGUCCAUUGAGGGUCAUCUCACAAGCUUGGAAAAGCACCUGACCCUGCGCACAUAUCUCAACGGCACGCAGCUUGGAGACAUCGAUUCCAAGAUCUGGACCUCGCUUGCUACCAACCGUGCUGCCAUUGCCUUCAUCAGGAGGGGUGUGCUGGCAAAUCUGACCCGGUGGUUUAUCUUUGUAGAGCAGAACCACCCCGAGAUUCAAGGCGAGGUUAAGAAGGCAGCAGCAGCACAAAAGGCCAAGGUAGCAGCGGCAAGUCGAGCUGGUGGCAACUUCAAUCUUGCACUUCAGGAUGCGGACAAGGGAGUUGUAACUAGGUUUCUGCCAGAGCCAUCAGGCUACCUUCACAUUGGUCACGCCAAGGCAGCGUUGCUCAGCGACUACUUCGCACACCAAGCCUACAAUGGCACUCUGAGACUUCGUCUUGAUGACACCAACCCUUCCAAGGAGAAGGAGGAGUACCAGGAUGCUAUUAUUGAGGACCUUGCUCUUAUGGGUAUCAAGGCUGACAAGUUUUCCUACACAUCCGAUUACUUUCAGUACUUGUAUGAGAUGUGCAUAAGACUCAUCAAGGAGGGUAACGCCUAUGCGGACGAUACCGACCAGGAGACUAUGAAGAAGCAAAGGUGGGAUGGAAUCGCCUCAAAGCACAGGGACAUGUCUAUCGACGAGACUCUUCGUGUCUUUGAGGAGAUGAAGAAGGGCUCGGAUGAGGGCAAGCGUUACUGCAUUCGUGCCAAGCUAUCUGUCGACAACCCAAACAAGGCCCUGCGCGACCCAGUUAUCUACCGUUGCAACGACGAGCCGCACCACCGGACAGGCACAACCUGGAAGAUGUACCCAAUGUACGAUUUCGCCUGCCCCGUAGUCGACAGCUACGAGGGUGUCACUCACGCCUUGAGGUCCACCGAGUACACGGACCGCAACCCCCAAUACCAGUGGUUCCUCGACACGCUGAAGCUGCGCCAAGUACACAUGUGGGACUUUGCUCGCAUGAACUUCAUCAGGACCUUCCUGUCGAAGCGCAAACUUGCCAAGCUCGUUGAUACUGGUCGCGUCUGGGGAUGGGAUGACCCCCGCAUGCCUACUAUCCGUGGUGUGCGUCGUCGUGGUAUGACUGUCGCCGCUCUGCGGGACUUCAUCAUCAAGCAGGGCCCAAGCCGAAACGUUACCAGUAUGGACUGGACCGUGUUUUGGGCCGCCAACAAAAAGGAGAUUGAUCCCAUAGCAGCACGCCAUACUGCCCUGAGCCAGAAGAGCCCUGUGAAGGUUAAGAUCACUGGUAAAGAUGCUCCGGCGUCUCCACACUCUGUUGAGAAGCCCAAGCAUCCUAAGAACAAGGAUGUUGGCGUCAAGCAGGUCGCCUUCUCGGACGAGAUCCUGCUUGAGCAGGAGGAUGUUGCCCUUAUGAAGCCGGGCGAGGAAAUCACACUGAUGGCAUGGGGAAAUGCUAUCGUGAAGGAUAUCAGCGCUGGCACACCGAUACCUACCAUGACCGUGGAGCUCAACCUUGCAGGUGAUGUGAAGACGACAGAGAAGAAGGUUACCUGGCUGUCAAACCAGGGUCAAAAGCUCAUUCCUGCAGAGCUUUGGGACUUUGACUAUCUCAUCACCAAAGACAAGCUUGAGGAGGAUGACGACCUGGAGAAGUUCCUGACGCCUGUGACUGAGUUUAUGGAGCCAGCUUGGUGUGGAACCGAUGCCGAGUCUUUGAAGAAGGACGACGUCGUUCAAUUGGAGCGCAGAGGGUAUUACAGGGUUGACAAAGGUCUUGGUGACUGGAAGGAUGGAGAGGAGGGUGAGAAGGGCAAACGAAUUGUAUUCUUCAACAUUCCCACCGGAAAGACCAAAUAGAUGACAGCACUGCCACGGCACUGCCCACGCUUGGAAUCAACAAAAGUACAACAGUCGGCGAACUUAAGCUUAUGACUCUCUAUGUAAUCUUGGAUCUCUCCCAAGAUCAAGGAAUGGUUGCUAUUUAUGGCCCAUGGCAGUACCAAUCAUGGCUGCUUUUGGCGGUCAAUCGAUCACUGCCGCCCUACAGCAGUGUGGCGUCUCCUGCGUACGGCCCGCAAUGAUGUUAACCAGAAUUGUCGCUUCCUUGGACUGGUGAAGAAAUCUCACUUACGAUAGGCGCUUCUCCAUUUCCGGAAUUAUUGGGUGGCAUAGUCAACAUAGCCCCAUGAAGCGUUCAACCACCAGGUAUUAAUUACUGCGUAGUAAGUCAGGCCUCGCCACGCUACUAUUUUAGGACUUUGGAUUUUUUUUGAUAAAUAUAAGAGCUCCUCUGGUCAUCCAUUGAUUCAAAU